CAGAAACCGAUUUCCUUCUAAACCGUCAUGGUUUCUAAAAUUUGAUGACGUUUCCGUGAAAGCUUGUGUAAACCAACACAAUACAAUAUCUCAAAUUAAGCUCGGCUUUUGUAUGGUGUGUUAAUUUGGUCUAUCUCGGUUCGAGUUAAUACGGAAAAUAGAAAUAUGAACCGUUCAUUGGUCCGAUUCGGUUAGUGAAUAAUCCUCAUCCUUUAUACGACGCCGUAUGCAAAACCGUUGGUAUUUUCAUUCUUUCUUCCUCAAGAAGUGCCGUUAGAGAGAGAAAGAAAGAAAGAAUGGAGGGAAAGAAGUUCGGAGCGCAAUCUACCGCUCGUGUGCCGCGGCAGUCGCCACCGGAAGGAUACGUACUGUUUCGCAUUCUCGGCCACGUGUCUCAGGUGGGCGAUGUGAUCGGAAAAGAUGGAAGAGUGAUUAGGCAGCUUAAAGAAUCAACGAAUUCCCAAAUCUGGGUCGAGAAGGCUCCUCUUGAUUCUCUGUACCGUGUCAUCACGAUAAUCGCUGAUGUAGGCUCGACGUCUAGGGUAAAAUUAGGUGUUAUUGUUAAUAAUGCUAGCAACAGGAAGAAGGAGGAGGUGCAAGAACAAGAAGUUGAAGUCUCCAGAGCACAAGGAGCGUUGAUUAGGGUUUUCGAAGCUCUAAAUGUCAGAUUUGGGACUAGUAGUACCGUCUCGUCUAGGCUGUUAAUGGAAGCUUGCCAUGUGGUUACUGUCAUAGGUAAGGGAGGUGAAUUGAUGGAGAUGAUAAGGAAGGAAACUGGUUGUAAUGUUGAAAUAUGCCAAUAUAAUUUACCAAGUUGCGCAGAUCCUGAUGACGUGAUGGUGAAGAUAGAAGGAAACGUUUUUGCAGUGAAGAAAGUUCUAGUAUCCAUAUCCAGUCGUCUGCAAGCUUGUCAGUCGAUUUUUAAGAAAAAGAUGGUAGGGAAUCCUCACAAUAUGCAGACUAACGUGGUUCCACGGGAAGCAUUAUACAGGGCUUCUAAUGUUUUCCAGGGAGAUAUUUCAGUUUCACGACUGAAGCAUAGAGAACUGGAUCCUCUUGAAUCCUUGCAUAGAAAUCUUUCUCAGCCAAGGAAAGAUUCUGAAGAUAAUAAGCAACAAGUGGUUCUGAAGAUACUUUGUUCGAAAGAAAGAAUUGGUCGUGUUAUUGGGAAUGGGCGUGCCACUAUCAGGGAUCUUCAAAGUGAGACAGGUGCCUUUAUAACCUUGGGAAGUAAUCGUCUUGACUGUGAUGAAGGCUUAUUUACAAUUACUGCAUCAGAGGACCCUAAUGCCAAAAACUCCCCAUCCCAGAGAGCUUUAGUUCUUGUUUUCUCUAAAAUGUAUGAGAAUACCACUGCAAAAGUCCUAGACAGUGGCUUAACGUCAUCUAUCACUGCACGGCUUGUGGUCCGCUCAAAUCAGAUUAAUUGUUUGAUGGGAGAAGAGGGGCAUAUAAAAUCUACAAUACAGCAAAGAACUGGUGCUUUUAUAACUGUAUUGAACGUUGAGCAGAACCCAAAAUGUGUUUCAGAGAACAAUCAAAUUGUGCAGAUUUCAGGAGCGUUCCCAAAUGUGAAAGAAGCUAUAAACCAAGUUACCAGUAUGCUACGAGAGGAUCUUAUCAACCAAUCCUUCCAAAUGGGGUCUCAUUUUCCAGUUAACUAUUUCAAUCCUUGCAUAAGACCAGAAGAUUCAUUUCCUAAUUGGUUCAGUCCUACUACUGGAUAUGCUCCAAAUUUUGGUCAAGUUUCAUUUCCGUUGUGGGCGUCACCGCCACCUGCUGCUCCAAGAAAUGUAAAUGAUGGAAGUGGAGGAUUAUCUUCUACAAGAGAUAGAAACAAAAUUGUGCAAUAUAGAGUUUCAGAACAUGAUGUGAGCUCUGUGUUUGGAUAUGGAAAGGAUGGUCACAAUCGUCUACAGAAGAGUCUGAGAGAGAUAUCGGGUGCGUUUGUGUCACUCCUUGAACCUUAUCCAGGAAGAAUGAUGGAUAUGACCAUUUGCAUAUCUGGGACACCUGAUCAAAUCCAAGCAGCAGAAAACCGUCUUCACGCCUUUUUUCCUCAGAUAAAGCAGGGUGGAUAAGUAGAACACUCAACCUGAACUAGAACCCAAUCUUUUUCAUCCACUAGAGAAAUAAAAAGAGCUUUUCAUCUAUUUCUUUGUGUCAUUCAGUCUUUUCAUUUUCUUGUUAGGGAUCUUUUUUGACUCUUUGUACAAUUGUAUUUUCAUGAACCACUUUGAUUGAGUUAGUCUAAUGUCUUCUUUAAUAUUCCCCUUUUUUUUUAUGUUAAUCACAUUAGACACAUGAAAUUGAGAUUUGAUUGAAUGAAAAACUUAUAUCUUAAUUCCAUGUACUCUAUCAGUGGAUUAUUAUUGCUGGAACUUACUCCAACAAUCGAAUUACAGUAGACUAAUUUUGGUCAAGUGGUGUUAAGAAUACAGAACCUUUUCUGUUAAGUUUCAAAACAGAGGCUAAUUGGGACAUUAACAAGGUCAGACUGAAUUGGGUUUUGGACACAUCAUAGU